CACUGCUAGGACUCGUUGCCGUGUGCUGCUUAUUAAUUUGUAUCUAUCGUGGUUUGCAUACGCGUCAAUGGCUUCCUCAAGUUCCUCAACCUCCCGCUCGACGCCGCUUUGGCUGCAUUGUGCUGUUCCAGCGGCGUGCUUAGCUACGACAUACUUGCUUUAUGGCUCAAAGACCAAGCUGCUGACAUGGGUCUACGACAGAGUUGCCAAGUCCGGUCGCAAUCCGCUUCCGGGCAAAGCCUACCUGACCGGCAACUUUGCGCCUGUCGACGAUGAGCUCUUCAGCGAGGACCUUCCAGUGGUGGAGGGCAAGCUGCCACCGGGCUUGGACGGCUGCUACGUUCGCGCCGGUCCCAAUCCGUUCUUCAAGCCGGUCGCCGGUUACCAUUGGUUCGACGGAGAUGGCAUGCUUCAUGCCGUGCGAAUCCGUAACGGCCGAGUGUCGUACUGCAACCGCUACGUGGAUACGGAGCGCUUGCGACAGGAACGCGCCGCGGGCCGGCCGCUGUUCCCCCGGCUGGGAGACCUGGUGGGUCAGCGGGGCCUCACACUGAUGCUGCUCAACAGGAUAGCUCAGGCGCUGGGUGUUGUGCGCAUCCAGCACGGCAGCGGCACCGCCAACACCGCCCUGGUGUACCACUCGGGGAGGCUGCUGGCGCUCAACGAGGGAGAUCUGCCGUACGGGGUUCGUGUGGGGUGCAGCGGGCUGAUAGAGACUCUGGGGCGGCUCAGGUUCAGCAAGGCCUGGAGCAAGAGCUUCACGGCGCAUCCCAAGAUUGACCCGGUCAACGGUGAGCUGCUUUUUAUCGGAUACCGAUUCGACGCCAACCCCUACGUCAGCGCCGGUGUCAUGGACGAGUACGGCAACCUCGUACGGCACUGGGGGGUGGAGCUGCCGUACCCCGUCAUGAUGCACGAUUUGGCGGUCACGGAGCACUACGUUGUGCUGCUGCACCUGCCGCUGUGCUUCGAUCCGCAGGCCAUGGUGAAGGACCGUACCGUGCCCUUCAAGCUGCGCACCGACCUGCCCUCGCGCAUCGGCCUGCUCCGCCGCGAGCAACCCAGCUGCCCCGCGGGCGGUGCGGAGGUGACGUGGCUGGAGCUGCCGGGGCCGGGUGCCAUGGCCUUCCAUGUAGCCACUGCGUGGGAGGACGCCGCAGGGGAUGUCAAGGUGUUCGCCUGUCAGAUGGAUGAACUCAACAUGGACUUGGACGCGGCGGACUUUGCAAAGGAGGCGGCCCACCUCACCGAGUACACCCUCAGUCCCUCCGCCGGAACCGCCUCCCUGCGCCGGCUGAGCCAGGUGGCGGGCGACUUCCCUGUCGUACACCCGGGCAAGGCCACCCGGUCAGCCAAGUGGGCCUGGAUGGCCACUUUGGAGCCCAGCGGCAGCGUGCCCUCCUUCACGGGUAUCGCCAAGCUAGACCUCACCCCCAACAAGCCCGGCAAAGACGCGUGCGUGUCCCGCAUCACCUACCCGCCUGGCUGCUUCGGGGGAGAGGCUGUGUUCGUGCCGCGUGCCUCCACCCUCGCCGACCCACGGGCCGCCAAGCGCUGCUCCGAAGACGAUGGUUGGCUCAUGGUAUAUGUGUACGACACCAAUGCUGACGUGUCGUACAUGAACCUGUACGACGCACGUACGAUGUCCGCCAAGCCAGUGACGUCCGUACGAAUGCCGCGCCGUGUGCCGUACGGAUUCCACGGAACGUGGGUUUCGGAGUACCAGAUGAAGGCACAGGUGAUGUGGGUUUGAGGAGAAUGAGGUGGAGGAAGAGGUGGAGGCAGUGGAGAUGGAGGCCGAGAAGGUGGAGGGGAGACGGAGAUGGCAUGAUAUGAUGCGGGGCUGCAAGGAGCAGGGUGAAGGUAUCCCGAGGCUGUUGCGUCGCUGUGACGCUCUGCUGCCUGUGACGCUGCGUUUGAGGAGGAGGAAGAGAUGGAGGCAGUGGAGGAGGGGAGACAGAGGUG